AUGCAGGAAUCUUUGGAUACCUUUUUAGCUACUUAUCGCACAACCCCAAACCCCUCAGCUCCUGAAGGCAAAUCCCCGUCAGAAAUCAUGUUCGGUCGUCGUAUACGGACAAGUUUGGAUCUACUGCGUCCAUUCAUUACUAGAAAACCAACAAAUGAGGAAAAUCAGCCAAUCAAACGUUCUUUCGAUAAAAACGACAAAGUUUACGUAAAGGUUUACACCAAAAACACUUGGAGUUGGCUUUCUGGAAUUGUAUUUGAGAAAAUUGGAAAAGUAAUGUGCAACGUUUGGAUUGAAGGUCGGCGAAUGAUUCGUUCCCACUUCAAUCAAAUGCGACAUCGGAGGUCUUCAGAAGCUAUUUCAGCUGGUUCCAUCCAGAAUAAGUUACCAUUGGACAUUCUCCUUGAAUCAUGCAAUGUGUCAUCGCCCGAUUGCUCAGCAGUGCAACCCAGUGUCGUUCCAGCUCCUUCCCCUGUAGCGAGUGAGGCAUCAACAUUGAAUGCACCGCCGUCUCACCAGUCAACACCAUUGCAGCAGGUGCACCAACCAGGGAAAGUUUGGAGGUCACCAAUGUCAGAUUCCCGUGAGUCCUCUUCGUCAUCCCAGUCACCAUCCUCAACAUCGCCCGAGUUCCUCUCAGCAGAUAGUGAUCCAGCUGUACCUUUGCCAAGGCGUUCUUCGCGAGUCCGAAGACAACCCCAGCGGUUCGAUGCGUACCAGCUUCACUGA